UAUGAGAAAUACGAAACAACAGUGUACUGGAGAGUAAAUUUGACAAAAAGCCACAUAGGGUUCAUCCAUGGCUGUUAGAGGGGUCUGGGGGAAAAAUAUGUUGUUGAGCCCAUAAUGACCCCCACUAAAACUAAGGCUUCAGGGACCACUCGGAGUCCGGGUCCAGUCAAUUGUCGGCGUUACCCAGCUAGUAAUCCAACCUCAUAUCCCACCAAUGUUCCUCGACCAAAUAAAGGGGUUUUAUUCUUGAAUUUUAUGACCGGAAGUCCUACUUUUACUCAAGAUAAAUUUACCGAAAUAGCUCGGAUCCGCCAGCAAAUGCAAAUACUAUGCUCACUGUCCUCAUCAACCACGGAGACAUAAAAAAAAAAAAAAAAAAAAAACACGUAAGACGAGGCAAGGUUUUGGUUUGUCGAGACGGACAUCGUGACAUUGAGUAGACCAAGGGGAAGCCGUGAGAGACCCUUGUGAGGGUCUGUGCUUCCUGUGUGCCGGUGGCUGCUGCUGUAGAGCUGGGCUCAUUCAGGGCGGGGUGAUGUUUAGGUUCCAGUAUAAAGCCAGCGAGAAAAUGGGAACCAGACAAGAUUUGGAACCGUCUGCCGACGCUGUCGUUUUAUAUCGGAGACUAGAAUGAGAAGUUUGCCGUUCUGCUAUAACAGGGCGGCGGUGUAACCGUCUGGGGAGGCCGCUGGCGCGGGAGAAGCGUGUCUCUGCGGCGUCACUCCACCCCCUGUCCGUCAAUAACAUGAGGACGCUAUUUACAGUCUGUUGUCUCUUCCUUAUCAUCGGCGGAACGGACCGGGCGCUGGCCACCGGAAACCUGACUGUUGACACCAGCAACCAGAUCAAUCUGACAGCCGACAGCAGCAGCAAGUAUAUCAGAAUCGGUGACGGGUCAUCGCAGGAAUUUGAGUUUCCUGAAAACACGAACGGCGUGAUUGUAAUCUCCAGCCAGUACCGGAGCGCUGCGGCCACCAGGAAGGGCCGCCAGAGCUGGAAGCAGAAGGUGAGAGUCCGCUCCAUGGACCCGGAAGUCCUCUCCAUCCUUAAUGUUACGGAUAGCGGCCACACAGGUCCAGCCAAGAGCUACAUUAUCGGCAUCCGCUCCGGGUUCCCAGGCAGGGCUCAGCUGCAGAUCCAGCUACUGGACCUGGACCAGGACUCGGUGCCAGUUCUGAUCGAGGAGAGGACGGAUUACUGCAUCAAAGUGGCGCCCGGUAACGAUGACCCGGCGACCCGACUCAUCCAGUCGGAUGGCCUCUCCCAUUUCUCUCAGAAUCCUGUGCUGUUUGCCUUGCUGCCCCUCAUCUUCGUCAACAAGUGUGCCUUCGGAUGCAAAGUGGAGGUGGAGGUGCUGCGGGGUCUGCUGAGGAGCCCUGUGCCACUGUUUUUAGGGGUGCUGGGCCAGUUCCUGGUGAUGCCAUUGUACGCUUACUGUGUGUCCCAGCUAGCGUCACUGCCCAAAGCACUCUCCCUGGGCCUGGUCAUCACCUGUUCUGCCCCAGGUGGUGGGGGUGGCUACCUGUACAGCCUGCUGCUCGGUGGAGAUGUCACCCUAGCCAUAUCCAUGACCCUGGUCUCCACAGUGGCAGCAGCAGCAGCCAUGCCUUUGUCAUCAGCUCUGUAUGGCUGGUUGCUGGGUGUGCACGCUGCCCUGCAUGUGCCAUUCGUGAAGAUCCUUGGCACCCUCCUGUUCAUUGCCAUUCCAAUCUCACUGGGUAUGCUGGUCAAGCUGCGCUUGCCAGCUCUCACACGUGUACUGUUAGCACUCAUACGACCCUUCAGCUUUAUGCUCAUCGUAGGUGGCAUCUUCAUGGCCUACCAAAUGGGUGCAUCCAUCUUGGCCAAUGUCAGGCCCCAGAUUGUGGCAGUGGGGGUGACGGUGCCGUUGCUGGGGCUGGUGGUUGGGGCCGUCAUGGCCAAGCUGUCGGGCCUGGCCCCACCACAAAGGAAGACGGUCAGUAUCGAGGUGGGCGUCCAGAACAGCCUGCUGGCCCUCGCCGUCAUGCAACUGUCUUUCCGCCGGGUGGAGGCUGACUUCGCAUCCCAGGCGCCUUUCAUUGUGGCCCUCAGCAGCACCUCAGAGAUGUUGCUCAUUGUUCUAGGACACUUCGCCCAGCGAAGGCUGUGUGAUUCUGCCGUCCCCAGGAGUGACACUUGAUUGUAGCUGCAGUCUUUUGUUCUGAACUUUUUUGAAGAAUGAACCUCUUUCAAACCUGUCUGAAUUUGGUGUCCCACAGUCUUGGCUACAUGACACCCAACAUCAACAGUCCAGUCAUCACUGUUGUUGUACCCGGGACAGUGAACUUUUUAUGUUUCUUUUGUUGUCGUUUUGGUAUUUUUCAAGAAAACCAAAGGCCUUUUACCCAUCUGAGAACUUUUUGUGUUUAUUUUACACUAUGUACUUUUAAAAAUCUGAUUAUACUGUGAGGUACUCAAUGUAAAUAUUCCUAAAAAGAGAAAUACCUAUAAAAGAAAAGAUAUUUUUCUACCAGAUUACUUUUUGUAAUCAAAAAAGAAAAAAUUGAUUUGUAUCAAGUUUACAAGAGGUCCAUGUGUCUUAGCCUGGGGAGAAUUCGCGGGUAAAGUGGAAUUGUGAAGGAAUCAAAAGGAAACAUGAUGAUGUUUUGAAAGUAUUUGCUACUGAUUGUGUUUUCUGGAUCUGCAAAUCCAUGUACUUGAAUAUUAAAGAGAGGAAAUGAAGAAAAAGUCAAUAAAAACAUUUUCA